GCUGCUGCCCGGUGACGUCAGCGCGCCGCCUGGUGACGUAGCGACGGCGGCGGGGCGGGGGGUGAGGCCUCGGCGCGGCGGGGCCGGAAAUGGUACAGUUGUUGCUGUGCAGCUGCAUGUUGCUGAAUAGCGUUUCUAUGAGCCUGCUAUUCAAUCUGUCUGUUGUUCAGAAUGGCGAAGAACCCUAAUUUUCAGGAAGCUGGUAAUGUGCCUACAGGCUACGUUCACUGUAGAUCUUCAGAGAAUUUUACAGGCUACCAAUAUCACCAUCCCUCCAAGAUGAGUAACAGCCAUCCACUUCGUCCUUACACGGCCGUGGGUGAGAUUGACCACGUUCACAUUCUGUCAGAGCACAUUGGUGCUCUAAUGAAUGGGGAAGAAUAUAGUGACGUUACCUUUAUUGUAGAAAAGAAACGUUUUCCGGCACACAGGGUGAUCCUGGCUGCUAGAUGCCAUUAUUUCAGAGCAUUAUUGUAUGGAGGAAUGAGAGAAUCUCAGCCUGAAGCAGAAAUUCCUCUUCAGGACACCACUGCAGAAGCGUUUACCAUGCUGUUGAAAUAUAUCUACACUGGUCGUGCUACACUACGAGAUGAGAAAGAGGAGGUUCUUCUAGACUUCUUAAGCCUAGCACAUAAAUAUGGAUUCCCAGAACUGGAGGAUUCCACAUCUGAAUAUCUUUGCACAAUACUUAAUAUUCAGAAUGUCUGUAUGACAUUUGAUGUUGCCAGUCUUUAUUCUCUUCCCAAAUUAACUUUUAUGUGCUGUAUGUUCAUGGAUAGAAAUGCCCAAGAGGUGCUCUCCAGCGAAGGCUUCCUAUCACUUUCUAAGGCUGCUCUUUUAAGUAUUGUAGUGAGGGACUCAUUUGCAGCUCCUGAAAAGGAUAUUUUCCAAGCUUUGAUGAACUGGUGUAAACAUAACCCCAAGGAAAACCAUGCUGAAAUCAUGCAGGCAGUUCGUUUGCCACUGAUGAGCCUAACUGAACUACUGAAUGUUGUAAGACCUUCUGGAUUGUUGUCACCUGAUGCCAUCCUAGAUGCCAUUAAGAUUCGUUCAGAGAGUCGGGACAUGGACCUCAACUAUAGGGGCAUGUUAAUACCAGGGGAAAAUAUUGCAACAAUGAAGUACGGAGCACAGGUUGUAAAAGGGGAGCUGAAAUCUGCUUUAUUAGAUGGAGAUACUCAGAACUAUGACUUGGAUCAUGGCUUCUCUCGACACCCGAUCAGUGACGACUGCCGUUCUGGAAUUGAAAUUAAACUAGGCCAGCCGUCAAUAAUCAACUACAUACGAAUACUCCUGUGGGACAGAGACAGUCGGUCUUAUUCCUACUACAUUGAGGUGUCCAUGGAUGAAUUAGACUGGAUUCGGGUUAUCGAUCACUCCAAGUACCUCUGUCGGUCCUGGCAGAACCUGUAUUUUCCUGCCCGUGUCUGCAGGUAUAUUCGAAUUGUUGGGACCCACAACACAGUGAACAAAGUUUUCCAUAUUGUGGCAUUUGAAUGCAUGUUCACAAACAAAUCCUUUACUCUUGAGAAAGGUCUGAUAGUUCCUACUGAAAAUGUUGCAACAAUUGCAGACUGUGCCAGUGUAAUUGAGGGUGUAAGUCGCAGUCGUAAUGCCUUAUUGAAUGGAGACACAAAAAACUAUGAUUGGGAUUCUGGAUACACAUGCCAUCAGCUUGGGAGCGGAGCUAUUGUCGUACAGCUAGCACAGCCCUACAUGAUUGGAUCGAUACGGUUGCUACUUUGGGACUGUGAUGAUCGGAGUUACAGCUACUACAUAGAGGUUUCAACGAAUCAGCAGCAGUGGACUAUGGUGGUGGAUCGCACAAAAAUUUCCUGCAAAUCCUGGCAAACAAUCACUUUUGAUAAACAGCCUGCGUCUUUUAUCAGAAUAGUUGGAACUCGCAACACAGCUAACGAGGCACUUCAAGAACAAGAAGUGUUUCACUGUGUGCAUUUUGAGUGCCCAGCCCAAAACAGUACCCACAAGGACGAGAGUAGUAAGGAAGUAUCAUCAACAGAGGUGGGCACUGGUGGACAAUAGCUUGUUUCUCACCCUGUUCAAGCUGCAAGCACUGGUCCCUGCAUUCCCCUCCUGGAUCCAUCUCGCGUUCCCAUGCUCACCAACAAUAAAGAAGGUUGAAAGGGAGCUUUUUGCAGCCUUGCUGGCAUUCUAUGAAAUUAAUCAGAACCUUCUUGUGCUGGCACCUUUUCUUUCUUUUUGAACGAAGGGGACCAUGUCUGAAAGCUGGAAAUGUUGAAAUGGAAAAGGCUUUUCCUGAGGACAUGAAGAGGCUGCUUCACUCUGCUCCAUUUGUUCAAAUCAGGCUGGUCUCCAAGGGGUGAGAAAAUAGGUGUUCAGUCUUCAUCAAGUACCCCAUUAACACCCUACCUCUCUAAUCUAACCAAGGCAAGGAAAACAGAAGGAAAUAAAGGGCAGAGCUACAGUGGAAAUCUAAAAUUACUGGAGCAGAAUGGAAGGCAUAUGAAAUAAGUAUUUGUUCCCUGGAGGUUUUCAUUAGCAAAAAAAAAAUAUUUAUGGAGCACAUCAGUCCAGAAUAUAUGUUAUUUUUAAAAGUGAUUCUUCAUUCAUAUUCCUUUGUAACUAGUAAUCUGUUUUCUAAAUCAUUUUGACCCUGUAUUCCACUUUAUCUCUUAUUUUUGGCUGUAGUAAAUCCUGUACAGUAGAUUAAGGAAGUAUCAGACAUGUUUACCUGCUGAGAUGCAAAUUCCCUCAUUCAUCAGUGGGAUGACAAGAAAAGCAUUCAUGAUAUCAACAAACUAAUUAAUGUAUCUAUAUUAAUCUUGACCUUAGUUGACUUUUCAAAGUACAAAAUUGUCGUUUCUUACACUCAGAAAGGAAAUUCCUAAAUCAAACAUCCAUCUUGAAGAAAAUGAUAUUUUUUCACUCCUGAAGAUGAUUAAAUUUUGCCUGCUUUUCUAAGACAACUUGCAACAGAUCAUCAAAAAUGUUUGAUUUAGAAAAGUGGAAUUGCAUCUGGUCACUGACAAGCAGUCGUUCGAAUACAGAAAGAAGAAUUUGCAGAUAACUUACAUUUUUCCAAGAGGAAUUGUUUUACAGUCUGGAGCUAAAAAUUCACAGGCUCUGUGUGCAUUAACAUUUCUCUCGAUCCUCACAAAAUAUGAUGCUUUUGCACUGUAUCAUAAAAGAUCUGGUUCUUACUUUACAGUCACAGCAUUCAUUAUCCAGCCAUGUCUGUCUGGAUCGCAUUGCCUGCUACUUUGCUUAUUCUGUUUUCACACUGAUGAUGAUGCAGUCUCUUGCUCUCUAGGCCUGCAUGACUUUUAGGAAGAACUCCUUGUUGGUCUUUCAGUAUGGGAUAAAGAGAUUUUGUUUUAAGACAAAUGCUGGUGUAAUUGGCAAAAUUGAUUAGGAAGGCUGUUACUCCUCACAAAGUAUAUUAUAUUGGCAAUGUCAGCUAACCAGUUUUACGAACUUGGAAUUUCCUAGGGUGAUAAAUAGCCUUGUCAGAAGAAAACAAAGCUAGUGCAGGAUAAAUAUGGUUUUCCUUUGCAUAAUCAUAGUGGUAAAAUGAGUUAUAUCAACAUAGCAAAUUGUAUGUUAAUUUAUCACACUACUUAAUUUGAAAUAAUUUCCCUGUUGCAUACUAGUUGUGCUAAACCCAAGAAGAAAUAUAAUCGGUGGUAGCAGUGAAUCAGAGAAUAUUUCAAAUAAAAAAAAAUCCUUUCUUCUUUCAAAUAAAAUUGAUUAGGCUUUAUCAAUAAUAUUAUAGUAUUUUUCACUGCCAAAUUACAGUUUAGUUCUGACAUUCACAUACAGUCCUCUCCCUUGCCACUGCUGUCUUCUGACUUGUAAAUGCCUGUUGGUGAAGAUGGAUGCCCAUUGUGCUGUAUAAAGCUUCUAAUGUAUCUGCCUCAGACAGUCUGGAGUUCUGGGACAGGAUUCUGCUUGUGACGGUCACCUCCUGUCUGUGGGACUGAUUACCUUAUGGCUUAGCAGCCUUUGGAGCAUGAAAGAAUUGAGACCAGCUACUGGGGACAACCACUCUCUUGUUUAGGUAUAGGUUCAAAAAGUUGAUUUUUCUUUUCUCUUUGAAAAGUUAGAACAGAAAACUUUUCCAGUUGUAAUCCAUGCUGGAGCUACUGAGACGCAUGGAGCGUGUCUUGCCUUUGGUAGAUAUAAAUCCUUCCAUGUCAGUGAUGGUAUUUCUUCGCAGUUUGAUCAAACAAGUCUGGUUUUGUCAAACUGGAGCAAAGGGCAUAACUUCCUAGCUGUUUGUAUUUAGUAGUCACUCUUGUAGAGAAUGUUAAAAAAAAAAAUUAGGAAAAGGUUGUGCCAGCUGUUCUGAGUCUAGGUUCCCAGAGAAAGAAUGGGAUUUUUCCAUUUGCAAUAUUUGAUGUGCACAAUUAAUUUUUAUGAUACAAAAUUGAUUUUUAUGAUCUUGUAGACUAUAACCUACUGAACAUCUUUUUGGUCUUGUCCUGUGACUCAUUGUGGAACAGAACUGUCUCUUUUUUUCCCGUGAUAUUCACUCUCUGCCAAGAAUAUAAAUGAACUUAUCAGGUUCCCGGAGCAAAAACUCCAAGGUCCUGUAGACCCUUGAUUUCCUCACCCCCAUAAAUCAAUAAAAACCCAGCAACUUUUCAUUGUCUCUUCCUGCAGGUAUUAGUAUUAGACUUACUCACAAUGGCUCUUCUCAGAGUCUCUAUUUCAUAUAGAGUUGCUCUUAGAACCUGUCACCAAGGUGAGCCCCGUGAGCUCCCUGGGUUUUAAGGCAACCCCUGCCUCAACUUCACAUUUUCAACCCUUUUCCCUAUUUAUUUAAAGAAAUAAUGUUUUCGGAGAGCUGAACUCUGCUUGAUCUUCUAAUAUUACCCACCAACAAACACCCCUAAUACCUGUGUUGCCUAGAAGAGGUCUCUUGUCUUAAACAUGUCAGCAAGGUAUUGCUAGUGACAGAGGAACCCACCACGCAGAAUUGAUUUGUGAUUUGGUGUGAAUGUUUGCAUUCUUUCUAAUUACUGUCUGUAUUUAUUGACUCCCAAUUUCAAAUGCACUUCCUGUAUAUUCUUCUGAAGUUUCUUUUUCGUUUCUUUUUUGCCUUUGUUUUACCUUUCAGUGAAAGUAAAUUGUGCUGUUCUGGCUUAGUAUCAGGGUUCAUCAGAGGCAUGAAAUACUGUAGUUAUUCCGAACUCUGCCAUCACUCAUAUUUUAUUUGCAACAAGAGUAGAGCAGAACUGACCAGGUAUUCAUUGCUUUCUCACCAGAAACUACGAAAUAGACCUGCUGUUAGAUUUCUACAUACUGGAACUAACUAUAUUGUCAUCAUUGAACCAUUAAUUUUAUUUGGUAUGUUAGUAUCUUUAAGUUCCCCAGGCCUCAUCUUCUCAGUUUUGAUUCCAUGGGUUGAAUUCAGACGUGGAUUUAAUUCAUGUGGAGCUCAACAAAGGCAUUUCUAAAAUCCUUUUAUUUACUUAAUUUUUCCCAAAUGCAAAUAAAAGGAGUUUUUUGUUCACAGAAAUGUAGGGGGAAAUUAUUAUCUGGCAAAAUUAAUUUUUUAAGCGAGCCAAAAUUGUUCAGCUGUUUUCAAGCUAUUUCCAAUCAGCUCUAAAAUAAGGUCAAACAGCUUGUUAAAUGGAAUUACAAAUAGAGAGAUUAACCCAAGUCCAAUGUAAAAGACAAUACAGAGGAGACAUAACCAAUUUUCUUAGAGUAGGAACUCUUUUUCAUUGCAGUUUCCUUCCUUUAGAGCUCCCUUUCUUUCUUUUUUUUCCCCAUGAAAAUCAGUUUCUCUUGUUUAUUAUGACAACUCAUGUAGGAGCUCAGUGCUUCUCAGCAUUGCUGAAAAAUUCAAUUUAAUGCAUCUUCAUCUUUACUAAUGAUAAUAUUAGAGAAUUUUCAGUUGAGUAUCUGACUUGAUGAGAGUUGUUUUCCAUGAAAGAAAGCAAAAGAUGUCUGUAAUUGUUCCAGUUUAAUUAAAUUUUCAGUACAAAAAUUAGAAGACAAAGUUAAUGCCAUUCUUGUCUGAUUGUUGUGUGUUCGUAAUUCUGGUAAUAAAGUGAUGCCCGUUCAGAGACACUCAGAAGGAAUUAGAACUUAGAUUUGAUGUCACAUGCUAUACAUUGCAUUUCUCUAUUAAGAUAUUAAUUGGCUUAUAUUUUGACAGAUGAAUGCAAGUGAAUGCAUUGGUAAUUCUGUUAUUGUGGCUAGAGUAGUGAGCAAAUAAUCAGAGCCAGUAAGAAUUAAUGUCUUUAAGAGUAAACGUUCAGGCUUGUGUGUCAUGAUAUUAGUUGCCAGAGGACUAAACCAUGCUUCGGAAAUAAUAGUUUUUAGAUCCUAGGGGAUGCUUGAGGCCUGGUUCUCAUCCCAGUUUCUCAGUUAAUGGUCUGUUUAGGUUAGAAUCAUUAGUUCUCUCUGAACUGGUGGUUGUUGUUGUCAGUUGUACUAAUGAACUUAGAUAUAUAGAAGCUCCACAAAGCUUUGUUCAGGAAACA